AUCGUCCCCACAAGGUAUUAGAAACACACACACGCUCACACACACCUCUCUCAUCCCUCUGCAAAAACACAAACUCACCUCAUCUGAAUGCACAAUCUAUCUUUUUUAAAGUUUAAAAUAGGUUUUAAUGAGUUCUCAAAGCAGGGCCGUAGGAAGCUUUUUACAGGUCUGGGGGCUUUGGCCCGACUUCUGCUGUUUCCCACAUCCACAGUAAAUCACUCAGAUUUAUUCCAAGUUUCAAACCCAGAUUAAAUUAAAACUGAAUUUAUAUUCUAGGUUGAGGUGAAGUCUGAGUUACUGGAGCAGUGAAGAACCAUCAGAACCACGACCCGGAUGGAUCCAGGGGGGUUCUGGUUCUGCCAGGUUUAAAAAGUCAGAAUAUAAUUCAGUAAAUAUUGUUUUGUGCAUCUAAUUAAUUUGGGUUUUGUAACAAUAUUACUGAAGUACUGAGUCACUGAUCAGAUCAGCCAAUUAAAUUUAUUUAAAAUUGUCAUCAGAAAUGUAUAAAUUUACACGCAUUUGUAAAUUAAACGUGAACAAAAUAAUACGAUUCAUGAAUGUCACUUUUAUUAACAUGACAGAUAUUUUACUGAAAAUAUGGUUUCAGUAAAAAUAAAUAAAUAAAUUACUGAACAAAACAACAAAUAAUGUUGGACCAACAAAGCUGGUGUAGAAACAGGAGGUCUCACUUCAAUAUGAAUUUUAGGUGUUUUGGUUAAAAGCUGUUCUUCAUCCAGUGAAGUUUCUCUCAGCGGGUCGAGGAUCCAGAAAUAUUCCUCCACUAAAGAUAAAAGUACAGAGAAACUGUUAAUGUGAUGAUUUUACCCAGAAACAGGAACUGAAACUUUCCCAUAAAGACAGAAUGUCAUUUAUUCAGAGUGGAGAAACUUUAUAAAAUGUUUCCUCAGUGGCUAAAUGUAGACGUUUUGUUGUAAUGAGUGAAAACGAGCAAGCAGGAAACCAUCAGAGUAUAAAUGGAUCUGAUGGAUGGCUUUCCCAGCGGGCCGUAAUUCGACCCGUUUGCUUUGCUCUGGUUCUGAGGAACCGGUCGGGUUCGUGACUCACUUUGUAAAUCUGUUUCUCCUGGAGGCUGAAUUUGGGUUUUUAGCUAAAAUAUGAUUUAAUAAUGUUGCAGCAUUUUAAUCUCCAGGUUUAUUCAUGUUUUUAUUUGUAUAAACUAUGAAAACCCCAGUUAUUAAAUACCAAACUACCUGCAGCUGCUCCGACAUGCUGCAUAAAUCAGAGGUUCUGUUUGGGUCUGAAUGUGGAAACGUCCUGAGUGGUUCUGCUUUUCCAGCUCUGGAUCCUUCAACUUGUAACUUUUUCUUCUGUUUCCUGUUAGUAGGAAACUUGCUGCAUCAUGAAUCUGAGUAGUUCUGGUUCUGAUCCAAAGCGCUGCUGGUGUUCUGUGGAAUCAGACGUCUGGACCUGCUGCAGUUUCAGUCUGAAUCAUUUCCAGUCACUCGGUUCUGCAGGUCCGAUCCGGCCGCAGAGUCUGACUAACUCUUACUGGAAUGCAGCAGCAGCUGCGUUUCCUGCUCUGAACUCCUCAUGGAUUUCACAACCGCAGCGCCUGAUUGGCUGCUGGGAGGAACACAGCCCUCAGCGGCCCGGUUCUGUUUGUUAACGGAUCAGAACCACAGCUGGACGUUUCCCCCUGACAGCUGAGUCCCUGCGGAUCGUCCCGGUGACGGAUCUACUGCAUCUGGAAGCAAAUCGGCACUAAAAUGACCCGGUUCUGGUUUCUGCUGCUGGUUCUGAUCCGUCUGAGUCAACAGAACCAAACAGGUGCGUCUCAAUGCGGGCCUCAGAACCUGACCGUCGGCCGAUCGGACCAGACGGUUCUGGUAGAGUGGGAAGACGCCCCGUCCUGCUCGGCUCUGAACCACCCGAUUCUCUACAACGUGACGGUUCUGGUGGAGGACCAGGAAGUUCACUCGGACGGAGUCUGGGUGGCGCCGGGCCUCGUCGGGUCGGCCCACUCCUGGAGCUGGACGUCUCCUCUGCCGAUGGACUGCGCUGCUCACACCGUCAGGCUGAGAGCCCAAAUCGACAACCAGCUGAGCCGACCGGGCCAGGAGCGGACUCUGCCGGAUGAAGAAGCACUUUACAACCGACACGUCUUCCCCCAGGACGCAGUGCUGCCGGCCGGCAGCUCGGCCUCCUUCUGCUGCAGAGUCCCAGACGGCCAGCACUUUGACAGAAUGUACCUGGAUGGACACACAGGCAACACCACCAAGAUCAGUGAGCGUAGAUACGCCCUGACUGUGCGGCUGAAACCCGUCGUGGAGUUUGGUGCGACUGUCCUCUGUGAAACCAAAUCGGGAAGAAGGUUCGGAUCGACUGUUCACAUUGGCUACCCGCCUGGUGACAGAGACCUUCGGUGUGAAACUCGGGAUCUGAGGUCGGUGGAAUGCCGUUGGAACGAAGGAAGAAACACGAUGGUGAAAGUCAAGAGUCAGACAAGUUAUCAGCUGGAUGGAAGCCCGUGUGUCAUCGGUUCAGAGUUGAGAUGCUCCAAAAGGGUAAAUAUUGAAGGCGGUGAGAGGAACUGGACUCUAGCAGCUCAGAACGUUUUAGGAAAGGUGGAGAUCCAAGACUCUGCAGAUCUGAGCAGAAGAGUUCACAUGUUGGCUCCACGUGGUCUCAGCGUUGGUGGCGUGAAAGCCAGGAGCGUCAGCCUGUUCUGGAGCUGGACGGUGGGCCGGUACUCCAGCCUGAACCUGAGCUGCCAGAUGAUCGUCUCAGACGCUGACGGAUCCUUUCUGCAGAUCCAACACGGAGUCGGGCUGAAGGCGGCAGUUUUAACUGAUCUGAGGCCAAACUGGGGCUAUGAGGUGAAGGUUCGGUGUGGAACAGCCCAACAUUUCUGGACCUGGGGCGACUGGAGCGACAGAGUUUCCUUCCGCACGGAGGGAGACGUUCCUGAUGCUGUGGAUGUGUGGAUGCAGAAGAAGGGAAACCAGACUGUGAUGGUUUGGAAGAAGCUUCUGGCCAAUCAGAGCCACGGAGACGUCACCGGAUACGAAGUCACCUGGACCAGAACCAGCGGCUCGGAUCGGCUCCACAAGGAGGAAGUCGGUGCCGGCGUUCAUAACUACACUUUGGGCGGGGAUGCCGUCGUCGUCGUCGUCACGGUAACAGCGAGGAACCAACAUGGCCGCUCCCCCCCAUCCGCCAUCACGGUUCCUGCCACCAGUCCACCAGGUGAAACCAGUAUGAACCUGUCCUGCUUCACUGGGAGUGAUGGGGGCCUCAACCUGUCCUGGUCCCACCAUCCAGAAGCUAGCUGUGGCUACAUAGUGGACUGGUUCCCAGUGUUGGGGGAUGACCCUGUUGGCUGGUUGAAGCUGCCUCCCAGUCAGAACUCAGUCAGGAUAAAACCCAAGGACGCCGCAGCUGGGCGGAGAUACUCGGUGUCCAUCUACGCCUGCAGGGCCGGCGCUCUGCUGCUGCUCCUGGAGAGGAAGGAAGGCUUCUUCACGGAGAAACUUCCAGAAAAACCAGCGGAGCUCUUCCAGCCUCUGUCCUACACACAGCGAGGCUCCGAUGUGGAGAUCCGCUGGGAUCCGGUUCCUCUCACACAGCAGCCUGCUUGUAUCCAUGGAUACGUCCUGCACUACUCUAGAGACGAUGACAAACCCCUCAGCGUGACCACAGAAAACCCAGCGGACUCCAGCCUGACGGCCCGGAACCUGCCGAGCGGCUCCUACACCUUCACCGUGGCGGCGCGGGCGGCGGGCGGCGCGUAUGGCGGCACCACCCUGCAGGUCCUCCUGAACGACCAGGACAGUUUGAGCAACAUCUUCAUCUCUAUGGGCGCCGUCUUCGUCGUCCUCUUCCUCGUCGCUGUGCUGUGCUGCAGACACUGGGCCUGCAUCAAGGAGACGUUUUACCCCGAGGUCCCGAAGCCAAAGAUGGCCGACUGGUUCGCCUCACCUGUGAAGAGCGCUGACGCUUUCCCUCAGUCGGGUUGCCAUGGCGAGGAGAACACGGCCGUCCCAGAGCUGCUCCUCAAACCUGCAGCGCCGCUGAACAACAACAACACCACCGAGCAGGAGGACAUGGCUCUGACGUCACAGGCCCCGCCCCCUUACCAGAACAACCCGGCCCCCACCGUGUUCCCCAACCUGACAUACAGCCUGACGGUGGCGGGCCCGGAGCGGCCGAGCGGCUACCACCCCCAGAUUCUGGCCGAGGUGUUCGGUCAGAACCGGGCGGCCCAGAAACCCAUCAUCUGUGUGUCCGAGUACAUCAUGGCGCCGCAGCAACGCCAAUGAGCCGAAAACAAGAUGGAGGGAAACAUGACGGCAGAAUCGGGGGAAUUAAAUCUUUAGAGACGUGACUCCAGCGAUCUGAUCCAAACGUGAACUUCAAAAUAAAAGUCCUGCAGGUUGUCA